GUGCCAUCACGUGGCCCCGGUAGCCUCGCUCCCUCCGCGCUCCGCCAUGGCUGCGGCGGCUGCCGCCGGUCCGCUGCUCCUCUGCCUGCUCGGCCUGGUGCUGCCCGGGGGCAGCGCGCUGCACACCAAGGGCUCCGUCCCCCUGGACGCCAUCACCUUCUACAAGGUAGUUCCAAAGCAUAAGUUCGUCCUUGUGAAGUUUGAUACACAAUAUCCAUAUGGAGAGAAACAAGAUGAGUUUAAAAAGCUGGCAGAGAGCUCAGGCUCCAGUGAGGAUCUUCUAGUGGCUGAAGUGGGGAUAUCAGAUUAUGGCGAUAAACUGAACACUGAGCUGGGAGAAAAGUACAAGCUGGAUAAGGAGAAAUUCCCUGUUUUUUACUUAUUCCAAGAUGGUGACUUUGACAAUCCUUUACCUUACAGUGGCCAAAUCAAGGCUGGGGCUAUUCAGCGCUGGCUAAAGAGUAGUGGCAUCUAUCUGGGGAUGCCAGGCUGCCUGAAAGAGUAUGACAUGCUGGCCAGCAAGUUUGUGAGCACCACUGAGAAAUCAGAACGCCAGUCCCUCCUGAAAAGGGGGCAAGAGAGUCUAGGAAAAACAAAAGAAAUGGAGAAGAAGUCAGCUGAGCAAUACUUGAAAAUUAUGAGCAAGAUACUGGAGCAGGGAGAAGAGUUUGCUGCUAACGAAGUCGUCCGAAUCACAAAAUUGAUUGAGAAGAACAAAAUGAGUGAUGGAAAAAAGGAGGAGCUCCAGAAAAGCCUCAAUAUCCUUGCUUCUUUCCUGAAGAAGAAUAGUGAAAAAGAUGAGCUCUAAUAUGUUGGAGAACUUUGUACAAGCUGUGAAAAACACUGUCAAGAGUCCUAACCAGUUCUCCUAAUAUAAGCAAACUUCCCAUUGACUUCGAGAGAGCAGCAGAUUUCCUUCUGGUAUUCUCAAAGACCAAGAGGAAGAUAUUCCUUAAAAACACACUAUUCUAAAUGUUGGAAAAAUCACCUUAAAGCAAGAUGCCAGUAUUGUGUAAUACCGUUCAAUAACAGUGUUAAAGUAGACCAAAAAAAAAAAAGCACUGAAUUGGCCUGAAGCACAUUCCUGGUGGUUUUUACAGCUGUUCCCUGGCAAAGAAUAAAAUUCAGCCUCACGUUCAAUCUUACAUGUUGUAAAAGGUACAGAUUGGGUGCCCCCUGCACCCCUACCUUUCCCUGGUUUUAGACCCCUUGGGUUUUAUGCUCUUCAAUCUCCCCUCCUGCUACCUUUCCCAAAAGGGCUCAUCUGAGUCUUGUUCUCCUUACCUGUUGUUGACAAAGAAACCUGGAGUUUCCUUUUCCUGCCUUCUCCUUCAGUGGUUCCUGUCUCUGGCUUGGGCAUCAGCCAAAUGCUGGCAGAAUUAUUAAGACAGGUCCUCUGCUUAUCAGAACUUGGCCCUCAUCUUCUGGCCAGAGCAGCCAUUUCAGCAUAUUUUCUCCUGAAAUCAUUUGUAGGUACCCUGACAGCGAGUGGUUUGAGCUUUGAGCAAGGGCAGAGUCUCCUUGAGGUGCUAUUACACUUAGACUUGCCUGUUGAUGAGGUAAAUUAGGGUGAGUUUUCUUAUGGCUGAAGAGCACAUGCCAUGCCUGUGUGAUUACACACCUGAGCUUCGUUUCCCAGGUUCAAAAUGAGGGUGAGACCAGUUAGAAUGUCUGAAAGCCUCAAGCCAUAGUUAACAAAGUAUUUUCUCCGGCUUUGUCUUCAGAAGCAACUGGCAUCAUCAAACUAAAGCUUCAACAGCAGUUAGUAGUUUAAAAUAUUUGAAAAUUAAGUCUUGAAACAGGAAACAAAAGCACUUGUGUCCUUAUGAGCCCCAUCUAUGGCUGUUUAAAUGGAGAUACCUGGCGCAGGGGUCAGUCCUGGGAACUUGGUCUCGCAGGUGCUGUUCCUGCUGUGUGGAAUUCAGACGGUGCCUGGAAGAUGCUGUGCUCCUGAUCGAGGCUGUAGAGUUGGAACGACAAACACCUGAGCAUUUUACCUUAAGACUAUGGUUUAAGCUGAGCAAAACUGAUUUCUGUGGGAGCUUUGCUGCCUUUUGAAUCCGGGGGUGGGUACAAGGAGCAGAUACUGCUGCAAGAUAAAAAUGUAUUAAUAAUGCUAAAAUAAAAAAACAAAUGGUUCCAGUUGA